AUGACCACCGUUUCCCCGUCGCCCAACUCCCCGCCCGAGUUGUCGGGGUCCAAGUCCUCAAAAUCGUCAUCCUUCCACUCCUCCCAGAUAGACGAGCCCGACAGCGUCUUCACGGAUGUUUCCAAUUUCGAGGAGAUCGGCUUGGGGGACGAUGCCGAGCUUCCCGACGUGAACCAAGCGACCCCUUAUGGCCGGGCGGGCGUGAUCGCGCGCUCGUCCACCGCCAGAAUGGUCAGCAAAAGUCCGUCCGCGACAACGCGCGAUUUGACUGCUACGCCAAAGCCCCGGAGGCCCUACCCAUCUAUGCAUAGUCAGAUCAACGCGGCAGCCAAGACGCCUCAGUCCUCGGGCUCCCUGGGCACGAAGACCAGGAACAGAGGGGACUCAACUAGCACCGUCAAUUCGCCCAACCUCACCCCGAUCCAGCCCCGCCGGUCACGAUCCACUUCACCAUUGCGGCCAUUGUCCAGUCGCUCAGCUUCGACGACCAGUCUGGCAUUGUCUCCUCUGUCUGCGCGAGUCCCCGUUUCGAAACAACCCUGGCAACCGAAUCGCAAGUCCCUUCGUGACUUGGAGGAGGAAUAUCAUGAUUCAGAUGACGACCUCCCGGAUGAUGCAAGUCUGUGGAACGUGCCAAUCUCUCCCCGGCCAGUACAGGAGCGCCCUCCGUCCCGCAAUCCCAGCCCGAAUGGUCGCAGCCCAGGCCGGCGCCCGCUGCCCUUUGGGCAUACAGUGGAAAAUAAAAGGUCACAAUCGUCGCAAAAUGCCUCCAAAGCAGCCCGCAUGAGGCGCCCAGCACAGCGGUCGAGCUCCGCCGGGCCGGAGCGUGGACAAAUCUCACCGCGCAACCCCCGCGCCUACUCGUACAACAGUUACUUGUCAGAUCUGUCGGAAGAAGCGAAGAUCAUUACCGAGGCUUUGGAAUAUCACGCGGACGAGAACGACCGCAAGCGCGAAGAGUCCGUACAGAGUGGUGUGUCCUCGCGAAAGUCGAGCUCCGAUUCGCAGCAGGAUGCAAACGGCCCGAUCGAACUCCCGCCGGUGCAGAAGUCCAACAUCAUGAUUGACCCGCUGCCUAUUAGCAAGGAAAAGGAGAAGGUGUUGACGCGGACGCGUCCUAGCUGGUUGCCUCCCAAAGACCAGAAUGAAGAAAAGAAACAUUUGAAGGAGUACAAGCAAAUGAUGGCGCAGUCGCGCGAAGCUGAAAAACGCAGAGCUUCCCGAGCCGCAUCCGCACAGUGUGAGAAGGACAGCACGCGGAAUGCCCUUCAGAACAUCUGGGAUGAGCAUGUGUUUCCCAACUGGGACCGAGCCUUGCGUGAGCCUCGCACUCGAGAGCUGUGGUGGCGUGGGAUUCCUCCCCGAAAUCGUGGAGCCAUCUGGAAGCGCGCCCUGGGCAACGAACUGGAAUUGACCGAAGAGACGUUCAUCAAAGCACUACAGCGUGCCAAGGGCUUUCAGGCCAAGACCGACGCAGAGCCUACUGAGAACAGCAAACGAAUUCUCGAAUCCUUUGAUGCGAUCCAGGCAGACGUCUCCAAGGCGUUUCCGGACCUGAACCUCUUCCAAGAAGGCGGACCACUCCGAGAAACCCUUGUUGAUGUUCUGCAGGCGUAUUCCAUGUACCGCAGCGACGUGGGAUACAUACACGGCCUUCACACAGUCGCCGCUCUGCUCGUCCUCCAAUUCCCCACCCCAGCCUCUGCCUUCCUUGCCAUGGCAAACGCCCUAAACCGCCCGCUCCCAGUAGCCUUUCUAACAUGGGACCGCGGCGCAAUGGCACGCACAUACCAAUUGGCCUCGGACACACUACGAUACAAAUUCAACCGACUAUCCGUCCACCUCCUCGAGACACUGCACCUAUCCGACGAGGAAAUCUGGGAACCCAUCUUCCGCUCCCUCUUAACCAACGGCUUAGACCUCGAACGCAUCUCCCGCGUCUGGGACUGCUGGGUCUUCGAAGGCGACCGCAUCAUGAUCCGCUCCGCCGUUGCUCUCAUGGGCUGUCUCCAGGCCCAGCUGUUUUCGUUCCAACAGCCGGAUGACCAGUCUCGCGCGGCUGUCCGCGAUAUCCUCGGCUGGGGCCCCCGUCAACUCGGCACUAAUACCCAAAAACCGAAGGAGCGCCACAGUGCCCCCGCCGCGGCGGGUUUCGGUGGUGGCCAGGUUGUUAACCCCGGCGUCGGUGAUUACUGGAUUCUUACUGCUGCGGGCGAUGAGGAUGGAUUUAUGCUUGAGGUGCGGGAAGCGGGCAAGGUCAGGCAAAAGUAA